AUGGAUUGUUUCCCAUGCUGCAAUAAGCAAGUUGAAACGGUUCCUUUGAGCAAAAGCCAAAUGGACUAUGCACCGUCCAGGAAAUCCACGUUGAAAUCUUUUUUAGGGGCUCUCUCUUCCAAAACAGGUAGCAGCAGGCAAAGACACAUUACAGCUGAGAUACGAAAAUAUGGAACAGCCAAGAACAAUGCCCGAGUCUUCACAGUUCAAGAACUCGCCUCUGCAACUGACAACUUCAGUUCUGACUGUUUGAUCGGUGAAGGUGGUUUUGGCAAUGUCUACAAAGGAUAUAUACAAAGCAUUAAUCAAGCUGUGGCCGUGAAGCGACUGGACAGGAAUAAAUUGCAAGGAAGUAGAGAAUUCUUUUCAGAAGUUGUAACGUUGAGUUUGGUGAAGCACCCAAACCUCGUCAAGCUCAUAGGUUAUUGUGUUGAAGGAGAUCAACGGAUGUUAGUUUAUGAAUUGAUGUCCAAGGGCAGCCUCGAAAGCCACCUUCUAGAUUUAGGACCAGAUAAGGAGGGACUGGAUUGGGCAACGAGAAUGAAAAUAGCAGAAGGAGCAGCGAGAGGAUUGGAGUAUCUGCAUGAAGAAGCAGAUCCACCGAUAAUAUACAGAGACUUGAAGGCAUCGAACAUAUUGUUGGAUGAGAACUUCAAUGCGAAGCUGUCAGAUUUUGGGCUGGCAAAGAUGGGACCAACAGAAGAAGGGAAGGAUCACGUGUCGACGAGGGUGAUGGGAACAUUUGGGUAUUGUUCUCCAGAGUAUGCUUUGACGGGGCGUGUCACUACAAAGUCAGAUGUUUAUAGUUUUGGAGUAGUGUUAAUGGAGAUCAUCACUGGAAGAAGAGUGUAUGACACUGCUAGAGCAGAAGAAGAGCAAAACCUUAUUGACUGGGCACAGCCACUGCUAGAGGACAGAGAGAAGUUCACAUUAAUGGCAGAUCCAUUGCUGAAAGGUAACUUCCCAGUGAAGGGACUGUUUAAAGCACUUGCAGUGGCAGCCAUGUGUCUGCAGGAAGAAGCAGACACAAGACCAUUGAUGAGUGAUGUAGUAACAGCGCUUCAGCACAUAACACUCCCAGUAAAUGGUGAAGAAGAUGAACUUAACAAAGGAGAAUCUGUAAAAGUUGCAGGCCAUGUUGAAUCAUUUAGGGUUGGAAGCUCACGUGUAGACAGUCAACAAUAUCAAACAAGGGUUGGAAGUUCAAGCGUAGGCCGUCAACAACAUCACAGAGUGGGAAGUUCAAGUAUAGGCCAUCAAAACCAUCACAGGGCUGGAAGUUCAAGUGCAGGCCAUCAAAACCAUCACAGGGUUGGAAGUUCAAGUGUGGGCCAUCAACAACAUCACAGGGUUGGGAGUUCAAGUGUAGAUCAACAAAAUCAACAAUUGUAGCAACAUCAUUCAACAUGGGGGAUUCAAAAAGGAAAAAAAAUUGAUGCACACUGAAUUAAAAAAAGAAUGUGUUGCAGAGAUCAGCGUGCUUAGUUGUAUCGUAGUUUUUCUGUUUAUACAAUAUCUAAUAAA